AUGGCUCUUUUAUAUAAUGAAGGAUGCGAAAAUUUUGAAGAAGACUCUGCGAUAUGCCGUAUGAGUAUAUGUUCUAUAAAACAAAAUAAAUUUGAAAAAUCAUAUUGUAGUCUGGAUAAGAAAUUAGUUAAAUUAUAUCGUCCCUUAAAUAAUGUUUCAAAUGAUAUUUCAAGAAAUAUAUUUAAAUAUGAACGUUAUGGACCAUAUAGAUAUUCUAGGAUAAUUACUUGCAAGAUGCUUUUAUCUAGACAGACAUUUUAA